CUGCCAGAGAAUCUUACAGUGUGAAAAUGAUGAAAGUGCCGGCUCUUGUUUUUCUCCUUUUUCUGGGCGCAGCAGCGGCCACCCAGUCAGGAAAUGAUGUCCUCGUGCUGCUGGACAAUCUAGCUGUGAAGGAGACACACUCGAUAUUCUUCAAAAACCUCAUUGAUCGUGGCUACAAACUCACGUACAAACUCGCGGACGACGCCAAUCUCGUGAUCGCCAAGUAUGGCGAGUAUCUGUACAAGCACAUCAUCAUCUUCGCACCGUCUGUGGAGGAAUUCGGUGGGGAUUUGAGCGUGGCCAAGAUCUCGGACUUCAUCGACGACGGCGGAAAUGUGUUGAUUGCCGGCGGAACGGAUUCCGGAGAUGCUCUUCGGGAGCUCGCUUCCGAAUGCGGCUUUGAGUUGGACGAAGAAGGUGCCGCUGUGAUUGACCAUCUGAAUUAUGACGCUGCAGAUGCUGGAGAUCACACACUAAUCGUGGCCUCGCCGGCGAAUCUCAUCGACGCUCCUGUGAUUGUGGGGCCCAAAACCGGUCCGCCGCUCCUGUACAAGGGCACUGGACUGAUUGCCGACCGCGAAAAUCCGCUGAUUCUGCAGGUCUUGACGGCCGACAGCACGGCAUACAGCUACAUUCCAAGCAGUGCCAUCAAAGAGUAUCCGCACGCCAUUGGCAAAGGCACUCUUCUCAUCGCCGCGCUCCAGGCGCGCAAUAACGCGCGCGUCGUCUUCUCCGGCUCGCUGUACUUCUUCUCCGACGAGGCCUUCACGGCAUCCGUGCAGAAGGCCAGCGGUGGCAAGCAGAGCCCCAAGUCAGGGAAUCAGGACGUUGCCCUGACCAUCAGUAAGUGGGUGUUCGGCGAGACCGGGCGCCUUCGCGUGUCCACAGUGUCACACGCCAAGGACGGCGAGACCAAUCCGCCAGCGUCCUACACCAUCCUCGACCCCGUCGUCUACACGAUCCGCAUCGAGAAGAUCAACAGUGGCGCCUGGGAGCCAUUUGUGGCCAACGACGUGCAACUGGAGUUUGUGCGCAUCGAUCCCUUCGUCCGCACGACACUGAAGCAGGUGAAGCCCGGCGAGUAUCAGGCCAAGUUCAAGAUCCCCGACGUCUAUGGCGUGUACCAGUUCAAGGUGGACUACAACCGCGUGGGCUACACGCAUCUGUACAGCACCACGCAAGUCUCUGUGCGUCCGCUGCAGCACACGGAGUAUGAGAGAUUCAUUCCCAGCGCCUAUCCUUACUACGUCAGCACCUUCUCCAUGAUGGUCGGCGUGUGGCUCUUCGCGCUCGUCUUCCUGCAUUACAAGGAAGACGCGCCGGCCAGCAAGAAGCCAGACGAUAAGAAGACCAACUGAAUGAUGUCACUAAAGCAGGAAGAGCUGAAGAAUAAAUAAUUCAGAAGAGAG